AUGGAACUACUCCACAUUAUCAACGCAAUGUCUGUCAGUAACCCAAUGCCUUAUUUCCUAAUCGGUGGAUAUGAAGAUUUUCUUGGCACACGUGAAAUGAAAGCAGAUGAAAAACCACCAAUUAAACCCCACGCAAAUACAUUUGGAUACAACGCAUUCCCUAAUCCAGCAAUGUUUACUCCAUCCCAACUUUUAAUGGCUAGUCAACUAAUGGCAGCUACAGGAUUAACUAUACCCGGUAGUCCUGCUUUCUUCCACCCCAGUUUAAUGCCUAUACCGUGGACGGCAAAUUCACCUCCUUCGAAUUCCCCACCUUCUCCUCCUACUAGUAAUGAACGUCUUUCUCCUGCAAUUAGUACAAGGAAAAUUAAUAAUAAUAACAAUAGUAAUAGUAAUAAUAAUAAUAAUGUCGUGAGUAGUAGUACGACGGCAGAUAGUAGGAGAAGGAAAUACAAAUUAGAUGAAGAAACCACUACUACUGUACCUUUACCUUCCCCUACCUCUAGUGUAUCACCUCCUUCCGAUGUCAAGGAUCCCAACAGGGAUAAACAAUUCACGUGUGGAGUUUGUAAUAGAUCUUUUGGCUACAAACACGUUUUGCAAAAUCACGAAAGAACACAUACAGGUGAGAAACCAUUCGAAUGUCCAGAAUGUCAUAAAAGGUUUACAAGAGAUCACCACCUGAAAACCCACAUGAGGCUCCAUACGGGAGAACGUCCUUAUCACUGUGAACAUUGCGAUAGACAAUUCGUCCAAGUUGCCAAUCUUCGGCGACAUCUUAGGGUACAUACUGGAGAAAGGCCGUAUUCUUGUGAGCAUUGUACCGCUAAAUUUUCCGAUUCUAAUCAGCUAAAGGCGCAUGUGCUUAUCCAUACCAACGAAAAGCCUUUUUCUUGCGAAAGAUGUCAGAGUAGAUUUAGAAGAAGGCACCAUUUAUUACAUCAUAAGUGUGGUAUUACCGACAAAGAAAUGACUCCAGAAUCGGACGAUGAGGAGUUACAAAAAAGAAGGAGACUGCAUCCUCCUUCUACACCUCUAAUAACAUUUCCUCUACAAGUGGCCCUACCUGAACAGACCGAGCCAGAAGACCUCAGUAUGUCAACGGGACUUCAUUCGAAUAGUUCGGGUUCACCUAUAAGAAGUCCUUAUUUGAAAGAAGAAGAGGAAGACAUCGAAUCCACUGCGAUAUUUCUCCAAAGAAGGCCAAUGAAUAAAAUUAGAAUGCCCAAGAGAGAAGGUAGAAGAACCAGGAAAAAACGAAGGGGAAGGACAAAAAGUAAAUUGCACAACCAGCUAGAGGAAUCAGGAGGAAAUAGAAGGAAAACCCUUCAGGAGAUUCUAAAAUGGAUACUAGUGGAGAUGAAAGACGGCACAAUUCGAUCCUUAAUUAGUGAUGCCAGUGUAGCCAAAGAUUCGUAA